CUCAAAAUUCAUGCUUUGCAUUUAUGUGUAUAUUUUUUAUUUUUUCUCAGUUUGUAAAUAUGAACCUUUCAAGAACUUCGCCUAGUAUGAAUGACGCACCAGGCUUACUUUAUGCUGGUUUUAAUCAAGACUAUGGGUGUUUUGCUAUUGGCCUUGAUACAGGCUUCAGAGUAUAUAACUGUGAACCACUAAUUGAACAAGCAAGAGAUGAAUCAGAUGAGGGUGGUGUUGCUAUAGUAGAAAUGCUGUAUCGUACGAAUUAUUUAGCACUUGUAGGAGGUGGUAGAAAUCCUAGAUAUCCACCCAACAAAGUGAUUAUUUAUGAUAGCAUGAAAGGGAAACCAGUAUUAGAAUUGGAAUAUAAGAGUGAAGUCAAGAAUGUCAAACUAAGAAGAGAUAGAUUAACAGUGAUACUACAAAACAAAGUAUUUGUCUAUCAUUUCAGUUUACCACCACAGCUAUUGCAUACAUUUGAAACGUGUGAUAAUGAAAAGGGUCUGGCUGCUGUUUCUACAUCACUUAGUCAUGCUAUUUUGAUUAUUCCAGGCAGACAAAAAGGCCAUUUACAGAUCAUUGAUUUAAAUUCACUUGGUUACUAUAUAUCCGUAGGCGAAUCAGACCAUCUCUUCCCUCCUUCUUUACCCGCUCAAGAGUACAACACAAGCAAUACAACACGACGAUCCAUCAAUGUCAGUAUCAUUGCAGCACAUUCGGGCAGACUCAGUUGUGUAUCACUGAAUACAGAGGGAUCAAGGUGUGCUACAUCCAGUGAUAAGGGCACCUUGAUCCGUGUCUUUAAUACAUCCACAGGCACCUUGCUACAUGAACUAAGAAGAGGGAUGGAUCGAGCUGAAAUUUAUUCUAUUGCCUUCAAUCAUGAAUCUACUCGACUGUGUGUAUCCUCAGAUAAGGGCACCAUUCAUAUCUUCAAUCUGGAUCCUUCUGUAGUGACACAUGUAGACCAUAAGCCCCGUGGUCCUACUUAUGGUGAAGUGGUUGCCUAUCCAACAGAGUCGCCCAAGGAUUAUGGGCUAACCACCACAGGCAAUAGAGGCAGUGCACUUAGUUUUAUGAAGGACAUUUUGCCUAAAUAUUUUAGUUCAGAAUGGAGUUUUGCUCAUGCAAAAAUCGCUACUGAAAGUCGGUGUUUAGUUGCAUUCGGAACACAAAAAAAUUCAUUUACAGCUAUUUGUGCAGAUGGAAGUUGUUACAAGUUCUAUUUCGAUCCAAGAAUAGGGGGUGAAUGUACAAGGGAAUCCUUUGUUCGAUACUUGAAAAGAGAAUAACAAUAAUAAUAAAAGAGAGCAGUAGUCACACUGUGUAUAAUAGGAUGGAUCUUGACUAUCAAACAACUAAUAACGACUCUGACUAUUUAGC